CGCCGGCGCUGAUCGCCGCGCAUGGACCACGGUAGCGAGGUACGUACUACGAAUGUUGGAUAUUACACCUUCGGUGGUUGAUAAAAGCUCGAUCAAUCCAGAGUCGGCGCCGUUGAUCGCGUCGAGAAGUUUAUAAACGUGAAUCGAAAGUUCCACCGUGACGAAAUUCUAAAGGCAUGUGCGCGAUAACUUCAGUGGGAUGCCUGGAAAAAUUGCUGCGAUCGCAUCGGUUGCGCUGAAAAGAGGACUUGUGCAUCUUCAUCUGUUCUUGAACAUUUCUUGUGCCGAGCGAGGAUCAACGAGAGGCGAAUACAAGAGACACGGAAGGACGCUUUUCCACUCCCUGUGGAAGAUAGCAAGACGCGAAGCCGAGUUCCUCGCGAAUCCGCUCCUGGCGCGUUCCCCGCCAGAAGCGCGAAAUCGUUCGGAAAUGAAUUCGAGGUGCCAAGCGCGCGAUAUACGAGCGACACGUGUCUGAGGAAAACAACUUUUUGUCGGCGUCCAUCGACGAAGGACUUUCUGCUGUACGACAAAGCGAAGUACGAUAACGUGCCUUCACAACGGCGCGUCUUCGUGCGUUGACUGCGACGAACGCGUUGCGCGGGCGAGAAGGCAACCGUUAUAAAAACCGAAUGAAUCGGCACUGGGCUCUGAUUGGCUGUCGCCGGCACUUACCCCGAAAACCUGCCCAUAUUCCAGGAAACCGAAGGGGACCGCGCUCCCGCGCCCACCCGCGACCCUCGGGUUCUCCCCUUUUACUUAUGCUGUCGCCGCCAUACUUUGUUUACAACGCGCGCCGCUAUCGUUCGCUCACUCGCUCGCUCUCGCCCGCCGAUUACAACGGCGGUUUACAGCGCUGCCGCCAAUCGAGUUGGACGGCAGCAGCGGCGAGGACGAGGACCAGACCCGGGACGAGAGCGAGAAAGGACAUCGGGAGCAGGACACGGCCCCGCGACGCACCGCCACGUCUCGAUAUACUAUCGACAGUGUCGUCGUCGUCGUGCAGUGUCGCGACGUGGGUGAGGUAGGCGGAGGCGGUGGUGGACGCACUUGUUGCAUAAGAUGAGACCCGACGAGGUGGUCCAGAGCGAACGGCGGGCGGCGGAGACGAUGUCGGAGACAUCGGAAGGCACCGCGACCACCAGUGUUUCUGGCAAAUCCGGCUUCGAAAGCCGUGAGGAGAUGGGUGACCUCGCGGCCUUGCUGGGCAUCAAUGAUCCCGAGGACCUGCAUCAAGAGCGAUUCCGCGUAGACCGUCGCAAACUGGAGCAAAUGCUGCUCGGUGAAGUCAAACCGGCGGAUACGUUCUUCCAUAGCGUUAUGGAGGAAACGAAUACCUUCGUUACGUGGCCGUCGCGACUGAAGAUCGGGGCGAAGUCGAAGAAAGAUCCGCACAUAAAGGUCGCAGGACGACUAGAUGACGUACGAUCGGCGAAAGAGAAGAUAAUGGAAAUUUUAGACACACGGCAAAGUAACAGGGUGACCAUGAAGCUGGACGUCAGUUACACCGACCAUUCGCACAUCAUCGGUAAGGGCGGUCUGACGAUCAAGCGGGUGAUGGAGGAAACCGGCUGCCACAUCCACUUCCCUGACAGUAACCGCAGCAAUCAUCAGGACAAGAGCAAUCAGGUUUCCAUCGCUGGCGAGAUGGAGGGCGUCGAACGCGCCCGCGCUCGUGUCAGGAACCUGACGCCUCUGAUCUUCUCGUUCGAGCUGCCCAUUAUGGGCGCGUCGCAGAGCACUCCGGAUUGCACCUCGCCGUACGUGGUGAAGAUACAGGAAAAGUACAACGUGCAAGUAAUGUUUCGCACGAGACCGAAGCUGCACGCCACUCUGGUAGUCGUCAAAGGCUGCGAAUGGGAGGUUUCCCAGGUCAAGGAGGCGACGGUUCUGCUGAUUCGUUACAUGUGCAAAAACUUAGCUAGUCAAAUUCAAGUACAAAUGUCGAUGGAGAUCUCACCCCAACAUCACAGCAUCGUAUUAGGGAAGCAGAGCAGCAACCUAAAGAUGAUCAUGCAGCGUACCGCCACGCAGAUCAUGUUUCCGGAUGCCGGCGAUCCGAAUAUACCCAGCCUCAAAAAGAGCAACGUCACCAUCACUGGCGCCAUACACAAUGUUUACUUGGCUCGACAACAGUUAGUGGGUUCAUUACCGUUGGUACUGAUGUUCGAUCUUCCGGAGGACUCUGUAUCCGCCUCCGUCGACACCGAAAAGAUCUCCCAACUCAUGCAGUCCCUGGACGUGUUCAUCAACAUCCGUCACAAGCCGAAGCAGAGUACACUCUCGGUGAUCAUUAAGGGUAUCGAGAGAAAUGCCGGCAACAUUUACGAGGCGCGGAAGCAGCUGCUCGGGCUGGACGAGCCCAGGGUCCACGCCGAGAUACCGGCCACUUACCACAUUCCAAACGCCGGCAGUAUCUUCCAAGGCAAUUCCAACAACGACAUCAGCUCCGGUAAUCUGAUGAGCGGCGGAGUGCCGGAUAACUUCUCGAGCAUGUUGACCAUAAACACGCAGAAUUCGCAGUACUGCGUGUCGCCCAUUCCUCAUUCGCCGAAUCCUAUGGGGCUCUCGCCGCAUUGGGGUCUCCCUCAUCUUCCGUCCGUGUUCUCGCCGCUGGGAACACACCACCCGUACCCGUACACUCACUUGAACCAUCUAUUGACGACACAACAUAUGCUGCACAACAAUAUGAUGCCUCAUCCUCACGGUAUGUCGAAUCACGUGAUGCCCGGCCUCGGGCCGUUUCACCACAACGCGUCGACCAACUUCCCUGGUAUCCACGGUCUGAAUACUAAUUCGCUAACGGACAGCAAAGAGGGUAGCAGUGCUUACUCGUCACUAAGUAGCGUUUCUAGCUCUCUAUCUAGUCCCGCUAUCAGUCCUCGCAAUAUUUCGCCAGUUAAUCCUACAGAUGCUAGUCCUAACUUAGCGGAUUUAUCCAGCAUGCUGUCCGAUUUAUCGGUCACCGACCGACGCGCACCAGGUUGCGAAAAGAAGACUUUGGAGAUGGCCGCGCAGCAGAAUCUCACGCCCUUCGACUACGAGCAAAAGAAGCUGCUGGCUGCGAAGGCGAUGCAGAACAAGCCGAGCAGCAGCGAUUACCGCGUGCCGACUUCCGCCUGGUCCGGUUACGGCCUCAGCCAAAGUAUUCCGCCUAUAACUACGAGUGAUUUGAGCAAGGAGCUGACGUCACAUCCUUCGGACUUGUGGAAAGAGCCGACCACGCCGGUGUUCAGUACCGAGAUGGAUUUCGGUAUUAUCUCGAGCAAGGACCGCGUUGGACAGAUCGGCAUGGCCUCCAACUACAUGGACCACACGCCGACCUCCCACUUGAACAAGAUCACGUCCCAUCGCUACAACGAUCUAGCCAGCAUGUUGACCAGCAUCGGCUUGGAGAAAUAUAUCCGCCUGUUCACGUCUCACGAAGUGGACAUGGCUACGUUCCCUUCUCUCACGGAGAAGGACCUUUGCGAAAUCGGAAUUACCGCUUGGGGCGCGAGGCGCAAGAUAAUGCUCUUGAUAUCCGAGAUGAACAAGCGUACCGUCAGUCCGUUCUCCGGGAGCGCUGCGCCCGGCGCCGAACGGAAGGCGUCCACGUCGUCGGUGUCGACAUCGUCGAUCGGCAAAUGUAAUCUGGAUACGAAAUGGUAGGAGAGCGAGAGAGAGAAAGAGAGAGAGUCGAAAAGAGAGAGGAUCGCGCAGCACACUCGUUCGGCGCAUCGCUCUGAACGCGAUGGUAUAUCUCGGCGCUCUCGCGGACGGUCGGAGGAUGAUGUCGCGCGAUAACGACAAGCUCGAUCAAAAUGAUCAAUUAAGUAUGUACUUAAUAGAAUCGCCGAUCGCGCCGAAUCAACGGGACGAUGCACGGAGCGAAGGAGAGAAGCGUCAGGGUAGAGCGUCAUGCGCUAACCUGACCGAUCGGAUGAUUAGCGGAUAGAUUUGCAUGUUGAUUUGAAGUUUCUUAGGUAACGGGAGAAGAUAGCCGGAUUUCGUUUUUGUGGCCGGGAACUGGUUGUAUCCUUUUUUUUUUCUCAAUUUUUUUUCUCGCUGUUCUCGGCACGUGCCCGGAAGGUGCCUUAGAUUUAGGAUAGAUAAGUGGUUACUACUUUCGUUACUUAUACGCUAUUUCUGUUUGCUGGUGAUCCUUGUCCAGCCGAUGAACACGUGGUAUGCGCGACGCGUGUUUCGUCACGAUAAUCGCUUGUCGUUGAUAAAAUUCCUAUUGAUCCACCUCGGGCCCGGCGAUUAUCAUGCUUGCGAAACGCCGGCGCGUAUGUCUGUAUGUCUAUCGCGUUCGUUGUAUCGUGUCUACGUGUGUAUGCGUGUGUGUGUAUGUGGUUUGCUCGAUGACCGAUUGAUUUAUAUGUGUGUGAUCAAGUGUGUGCACGUGGGUGCGUGUAUGAAAGAAUAGUCGGGCAAGAGUGUUUUUGAGUGAAUUAGUAUCAGCGCGCGAUGGCGAAAUUUAAUGAAAUGCGAUGGGCGAGGGAUGUCCCGUGUGUUCAGCGGCCUUUCGUCCUAGCAAAAUUCACAUAUUUAAUUCAGACUAAGCUCGAAAGCAACCGACCAAGCGGCCGCAUAUCGAUUUAGCCGCACACGACGAAUUCGUAUCGUUGAUUAAAAACGCCGAAAGCGAGCAAAUGGACAUGAAUAUCUCGGGAUAUUCUGCCCGGUAAAUUUAGCACUGGCGCCGCGUGCACGAAGGCACCCUCGAUAAAUUACUACUCGCCGAAAGUCAAAUUGAUACGAUAAAUUUUGAAAAUGCUUUGUAACAAUAAUGAAUCAACGAUUCGAUUUCAUCGCGCAUCGUCAACGCGCUGUUACGGCUCGAACGAAUACACGAGCCUCUGCACGGCUGCGAUUUCGAGUUUUA